UGAAAUCAAACGCGAUAAGUUAGACAUUCAGAGCACACACUUUGGUCGCGUAAUAGAAUAUGGAUAACAUGCUCUGGUAGUCAUCGUACUACUUUCCGAGAACCUUGAAGGCAGCAUCAAGCCAGGGGUGGGUAGACGCUAACUGUGCAGUAUGGCGGACGAUGGAGACAGUUGGAGCGCUCCACUCGACACCAGCGGCGGCCAGGAGUCAGCCGACGAGUCUGGUGGGCUCGGCCUGGGCGGAAUGUUGCUGAAUAUUGCUAUCUUGGUCGUAGUGCUGGCGGUCUGCGUGGCGGUGUACCGUCGCUGGGCUAGGCGGCUUGGCUCGGACGCGGCCCAGGGCGACGAGGCCUCGGCGCUUCCCAAGAUGAGGAGACGGGACUUCACGUUGGAGCAGCUGCGGGAGUACGACGGGCUCCAGAACCCUCGCAUCCUUAUGGCGGUCAACAUGAAGGUUUUCGACGUGACAAGCGGCAAAAAGUUUUACGGGAAAGAGGGUCCCUACGGGAUAUUCGCAGGCCGGGACGCUUCCAGAGGUUUAGCCACCUUCUGUCUGGAGAAAGAUGCCCUGAGGGACGAGUACGAUGAUUUGUCCGACCUCAAUGCCGUGCAGAUGGAGAGCGUGCGGGAGUGGGAGAUGCAAUUCAUGGAGAAAUAUGACUACGUGGGCCGCUUGUUGAAGCCCGGCGACGAGCCAUCAGAGUACACAGACGAAGAGGACAUCAAAGACAUCAAGGACCACCUGAAACACGACUAACUGCUUCCACUACGCCCACCAAAGCCAGGAGCCCCCGACAGCUGCGACGGGCCACCCGAGAAUCUUGACACGCCCCCCCCCCCCCCCCCCCCCUCUUCUUCACCGGCACAUGGACCCCUCUUCCUCCUCUACUUCCUCCCUGUCCUAAAUCUGUGGCGGCUUCUGUGGACCGGCGGUCCUCGUCCCGCUUCGACCAGGCUCAGUUGCCUGCUCAUCCAACAAAGAUUCCCAAAAGUGGAUGGAAACUCCCAGCGUUUAAGGAGGGAGUGGGGCGGGCGGUGCCAUUAGAUGUACUUGAAGUGAAGCAACAAAAUAUUUGUUUGCAAAAUGGGUCGGCAAAGGUCGCAGCUGAGAUGGACAUCAGGACACUUUGUUUUUCUCUCUCACGCAUCCACACUGACACUGCUUCAUCUUGUGACAGCUUGUCAAUCAAUCAAUCAGUCUGUCGAUCAAUCAUCCGUCUCUACUUGUUUGACACCCCCCUCCCCCUUUAGACAGGCAGAGGCAUGUCAGUACCAAAGGUGUGAGGCAGGGCGGUGCUCUCUCCUCUUGUUGUCUUUGCACUACUAGUUGUCACCAUGUGAUUGUAUGUGCAGUAGUGUAGGCUGGGUGCCGGGGGAGUGUGUGUGUGUGUGUGUGUGUGUGUGUGUGGUGGGGGGGGGGUUCCAAAGGGAAGGUGAUUGGCGUUCCUAAUCAAUUGACUCCAUUGUUUACAUUGUCUGUAGACCCCGCCUCCCCCUCCCCUUCCAAAAUAACUACGGUCCAAGUAUUAAUCGUGCCUUAUUUGCUUUGUUGCGUCAGUCCUGAGCGGAGGAAGCACGGCAUUGUCAUCGGUGGCGCCCCCCGCCCCCCUCAAAACAGAAAUUGGAAAUGGGGGAAAAAAAAUAGGCACACACACGUUGAAUUGUCACAUGGCGCGACUUGUCCCACCUUGUAAAUAAAGACACUUGCUCAGUGUUCCUGCCAUAUUGAUGUAGUCCAUCAUGUAAUGCUGGGUUUUCUUUUUCGCUGUGUUUUUUUUUUUUGGCCAAACACCCACCCUCCACAUACACCACAGACCCCUCCCUCAAUGUUUUGUGUUCUUCCAUUGUCAACUUGCUUUGGAGCGUUGCUGUUCUUGUAAAUAAAUAUCAUUUUAUUCAAGCAUGUGCAGCACAAUGAGCUACGAUUCCCCAUCGCCACCUUGUCAUCUAUUUAAACGUUGGUUGUGUGUGCGUGCGCGCGCCUGGUAGGAAGGGAUUUGUUCAUGCAUAAUAAAUCGAUUUGGUUAAUAA